UAGGGCUCUAUAGGGUGGAUGGAUUAAUAGUCAUUUAAAGCAGCGCUAAUGUGAGUCCUGACAUAGACAUCUGCUUCUCACGGUUAAAAAAGAGGACAUCCCCUUGCCAAUGGCAGAAGUCCAACCCGUGCGCAGAUCCGUUUCUGACGGUUCGUUGUUUAUCUCGCCUUGAUAACCAGUUAUUCGCAGGUGACCAAGGGCUAGACAUCUUGCAAGAUGAUUUUUGUAGGCUUCUUGGCGAUUUUGACUUCAGUCCAAGCUGUGUCUGUGCCUACCUUCACCCCAGUGUAUGAGCUGAAGGUGGGGUACGGGGACAAUGUCACCCUCCCCUGUAACUUUUCCUCCUACCUGGGCCAGGAUGAUGAGGGGGAGGUCCGCUGGGAGGCCAUGGGGCAGGAGGUGGCCUUUAUGGAGGUUGGGAACAUCCUUGGCGAGGCCAGCUGGGACAACGGGGCCAAGGGGGCAGAGGUCAAAACGACGCUGGGGUUCUCCUCCCGGGUGGAAUUCCCCCCAGCAGAGAGGAUGAGAGAUGGAGACUUCUCAAUGACCAUCCAGGAGACAGUGCUGAGCGAUGAGGAAAUGUACGAGUGUAUCUGGCAGGGCCGCAAGACCAUCUCUACGGUCUGGCUCAAGGUUCAGGAGCCCGACCCUCCACGGUCUAUCACGCUGUUCAAGGGAGGCCCGGUCACUCUGCCCUGCUAUGGCGUCAUCCCCAAGACCCAGCUCACCAGCCAGAUCUACGUCCAAUGGCAGAAGGACGAUGUGGAGAUCCUGACCCUUAACCCUGGCCCAGACGACAAGGGACCUAAGGAAGAAGACCUCCGUCUCUCUCUCCCACCCAACAACCUGCUGGAGAACGGUGACCUGUCCUUGUUUAUCUACAAGACGGAGCUCAAGGACCAGGGAGUCUAUCGCUGCUUCUACAAGUCCAGGGGCUUCGAGGACCCCAAGAGCGGGAUACCAGAGGCUGUCUCUCUGACCAUCCUAGAUCCAUACACUGACCUAUAUAACUUAACCGGUAGGCCUACACAGGCUGACCUAUAUAACUUAACCGGUAGGCCUACACAGGCUGACCUAUAUAACUUAACCGGUAGGCCUACACAGGCUGACCUAUAUAACUUAACAGGUAGGCCUACACAGGCUGACCUAUAUAACUUAACAGGUAGGCCUACACAGGCUGACCUAUAUAACUUAACCGGUAGGCCUACACAGGCUGACCUAUAUAACUUAACCGGUAGGCCUACACAGGCUGACCUAUAUAACUUAACCGGUAGGCCUACACAGGCUGACCUAUAUAACUUAACAGGUAGGCCUACACAGGCUGACCUAUAUAACUUAACCGGUAGGCCUACACAGGCUGACCUAUAUAACUUAACCGGUAGGCCUACACAGGCUGACCUAUAUAACUUAACCGGUAGGCCUACACAGGCUGACCUAUAUAACUUAACCGGUAGGCCUACACAGGCUGACCUAUAUAACUUAACCGGUAGGCCUACACAGGCUGACCUAUAUAACUUAACCGGAACAGAGAAUGUUACCAGUAGCUCAGACUUUACUGAGACUAGUGGUGCCAGCGAGAACCCAAUAACGUUCUUCACUUUGGUGACCCAAGAUAAGGAGGAUAUGCAAGUGACAUCAUCUGAGCCAAUAUUAGUGCAGACAGAGAUGACGCCAUCAUCACCUGACCCAACCUUCAUCCUCUCCUCCUCCCCUCCUCCUUACCCAGAGGAUCAAGAAGAUGUGUUAGCAGUUUGGGUGAAGACUCUUCCACUGGUGCGUAUCGGGAUGAUCGCCGGAGUUCUGCUGGUUACAGCUCUGAUCUUCAUCCCUCUGCUGGCUCUCAACAAGAUCCCGUCCUAGACCCACAUCAGGAAGAGGAUAGACCCAAGGGUUAGGGGCAAGGUAAUUAAAUUAUGGUUCUGGAGGGCUGAAAAACAGUUUAUUUUUUAAUCAGACUGAUUCAGACCUGGGUCUAUCAGGUGACUCGUGGCCAAUCAAUUGAUAAUGAAUUCAGAACUAGUAACUUUUUAAAGUGUAUAUAUGUGAAUAUGCUAAAUGAUCUUAGCCACGUUACAGCUACAGCCACUAUGCAUUAAUGUCCUCUGCGAUGCUGAAUCAAUCACUCCUCGUUUGAGCUGCCAGUGAGAGGUCUGAGAUCGUUUGAUGAUGUCUGAACUGCUACGUCUGUUGAACGCAUUGAAGGUUGUGUAUUGGAAUGUGGGAUUGGACUCAAGGCUUCAGAUGAACCCUUCUAUGCUGUAUCCAUAUAUAGUAUUCCUAUUAAUAUCGCUCCCUGCACCAGGAAAUAUGUUUAUUGCAACAAGUGCUGGAAUGAUGACACGGGUGGGGAGACAGUCUUCAAAUACUGAACUGCACCGUUUGAAAACACAGUAUUGUAUGUACGAUAAAUGUGUGUUGUGAGUGCGUGGCAAAUAAAAAUUGAAGACACUU